AGUUGUGUUUACAUCCGGUUUCACAUUAAUAGCCAUGCCUGGCACUGUUGCAGAAUAUAAAUCUUAUUCAUUCUUAUUUUGAAAAAACUACAAUUUAUUAAUUUGUAAAAAAGCAUAUCCUCUGCAGAUAAGCCAAGUAGUUACUGUACCAGAGGGAUGACUGAAACAGUAACCAAACGAUUUUACAUUGGCGGAUUAGCAAGUGAUGUUUCAGCAGACGAGAUAACUGAAAGAUUUUCUCGUUUUGGAAAAGUCAGGAAUGUAAGCUUAAAGUCACGCACUGACGAUGAAGGUAAUGAAAGAUAGUGCAGAAUUUCUAUCAGGAUAGAAAUAUUGGUAUAGUAAAUAUAAAGGAAUUACGGAAAGAUAGAUCUGGGGGUAAAUUUCGAGAGAGAUACCCUGCGUUUCCCAUAAUUGCCGCCAUCUUAGUUGACACGAAAGGUGAAGUGUCAACCAAGAUGGCGGCCAAAAUGUAGUGCAAAACACGUGUUAUGAAAUGACUGUUUAGGGGAGACCCCCUCCCCCACUUUAACCCUCUUGGGACGAUCUAUCGGCCCAAGGUUGAGUAGCGAGAAAGGCGUAAGUCCGAACCAUCUGCCCGUUAAAUCAAGCCUCACGAUUGGCUGGCUUGGCGUUGUACCAGCGAAUCAAAUGUAUUCUUACGUAUUCAUGUACAUCCCGGCAUUGUAAUGGCGGCAUUCGUUGAUGGUGAACUAGAUUUAUUUGUGUGCAGGAAUUUUUUUUGUGUAAGUAUAGUUAUAUCGUGAAAUUGGAACAUGUCUGACAGUGACUCUGAUCAAACUGUGCUUAGUAAUUUUGAUAUUCUAGCAGUGAAUUUGACACCGAAACUGAUGAAAACAACCAGGAAAUUAAUGAAGACUUUCACAUUGAAGUUAAUGCUAAUGUUGUGAAUUCUUGGUUUAGUAAUACUAGUAUUAGGGCUAAGGGUCCUCAACUGGACUGUGAUGACCCCUCUGAAUUUUUAGACAACAUAGGUCCUAUAAAUAAGGCAUAAGCACCCCAUUUGAGUACUUUAUGCUAUUUUUACACUAAAUAUCACUCAAAUGUUUAUGAGAGAGACCAAAAGAUAUGCAGACAAAUUUCUCAGUAACAUCCAGCCGAAGAGGAGGUCCCUAGGUCAUAAAUGGGGGCCUGUUACAGUGUGUCUGUAACAACUGAAAAAUAGGGAGGGGGGUGGAAAAGGAGUAGAAUUAUGUUCCAUAUGUAUCUGAAGGCCAUCCAUCAAAAAAUUCACACAAUUGAUACAAGUAAGUCAUGUUUAUUCUAGGUUUAACAAAAAAUUACACGCUUACAUUAUGCAAAUCAGGGUUGCUCAUUUGCAUAAAUGUUGAUAUUUCAGUUUGAUUCAUAAAGAUUGUAUUAGUUCAUUCAAUUUCCUACAAGAAUAUAUACUGUUUUACAUAUAUUAAGGAAAUAGUUUAUUUUUUAUAAAAAAUUUUUGCAAUGCGGGUGCCGAGCUUGUAAAAAGUGCUCCGUCUUUUUGGCACAUACACCCCGAAAAGGCUCCAUCCUAAGAGGGUUAAAUACCAAAAUGAGAAACAAAGAAAUUAUCUGGAGAGGGGUGACCCCUCCCCAAUGUAAAAAAAUAAAAUAAGAAAACAGUUGAUCCAUAAACCUAACCCAAAGCCUAAAGCCACAAGUAAGCAGCCGUAAAAACACAUGGAAUUUGAAAAUGAAGAAAAACAAAAAAAAUGGCAAAAAAGAAGCCAAAAAUAAUUCUAAAACCAAGAAAUAAUUAAAACCCAACUUACAGUUUCAUGAAAUACACUUUUACACAAUUUAUUACAGGUUCCAGUAGUUCCUGAUAAAAAAAUAUGCACAAAUGAUUGGAGCACAACUGCCGGCAUUAGGCCAACAUGUUGAAAAGAUGGUGGCGCAAAUAAAAUAUGAUAAUUAGCCAACCUAUGAUAAUUUAAAAUUAUAAUCCACCAAUUAAAAUUUUAAUAGGAAACAUGUCAUCAGCACUUCCUCCGACAAUUAAAUGAACAAAGGGGAAUGACUCCUGCACAAAUAUUAAAUAAACAUGCAAAUGACGUCAUGGGUAUAAGUACCAACAAUAGCCGAUCUUUUUAAAUUAUGAAAACCCAACUUACUGUACUGUUGCAUAGAACAAAGUGUCUACAUGUCCGGAGAGCGGACGAAUAAGUUCUCGAGAUAUUCAUCCGGCGACAACAUCACAUGACUGCCGUAACAAAGUUGCUAGAGAUUUUUGUCCGUCAGCCUUGUCACGUGACAGAAUAGUCGAUCAGACAAUUGAUGUUGGAGAUGCAUGUGGGCGACGAGUUAACUUAAUUUCAACAAAUAGGGAUGGGGGGAAGCGAUGAAUACUAGAAGGAAGAAAUAUUGAGAGUGAGACAGAAAGUAUAAAAAUUAUAGUGAGGGUGAUAAAUAAUCAAAGCGGGGAGGUUGAUAGUUCGCAACAAAAUAGACCCUACAUCUUUAUUAGGGCCAAUAUAGUGUGCUGCUGGGAAGCCUACUACUCACGCAAUGUUAAUAACCUAAAAUAACUUUUUUGACAUAGAUCUAUUGAAAGUCAACUGGCAGGUAUUUGUCUUAUUUUGUUUGGUUCAUAUUUUAAAUAUAGGCUACUAGGUAGAGCUUUAUGAGACAUUUAAACCAGAGGCGUAGCUAAAGGGGCAGAUGUCACUGGGUGCCAGACCAGGGACACCAAAGUGUGCUUUGAUAUUAUUUUAUUGAUGAAAAUAAUGGGUUUCAAAGUUGAAAAAAGAAGUGGGGGGGGGGGUGCUUUAAAAUGAAUCUUGUCUCCGGGCGCCAAACACUCUAGCUACGUCUCUGAAUUAAACCAAGAUAAUAGACUUUUUUUUUUUUUUGAAGAGUCGGAUUCAAAUCUGGGUGCCAGACCAGGGACACCAAAGUGUGCUUUGAUAUUAUUUUAUUGAUGAAAAUAAUGGGUUUCAAAGUUGAAAAAAGAAGUGGGGGGGGGGUGCUUUAAAAUGAAUCUUGUCUCCGGGCGCCAAACACUCUAGCUACGUCUCUGAAUUAAACCAAGAUAAUAGACUUUUUUUUUUUUUUGAAGAGUCGGAUUCAAAUAGACUGGUAUAUAGUUAUAUAGGCCUACUAUACUACUAGUGUUAUUAUAGUAUUAAUUCAAAGUCAAAAGCUUAUGAUAUACUGUAUGUAUCUCAGAGCUUUUGAAAAUAUUACCAUAUUCAGUAUUUAUUUAUUAUCUUGGGAUCGGCUGACUAAUAUAUAUACACAAUAUUGGAAUAUCAUAUGCAAUGCAACUAUUUUGCAGGUGACCACGUGUCUCAUGGCAUGUCUGCCGGAAUAAUAACACAUCCAAGUGGUGCCUGCAGGAAGAAUAUCUCCCACGCUCACACUAUUUGUCCGGACGUGUAGACACUGCCUUCAUAGAAUACACAUUUACACAUGGAGGUUCCAAUAAAAAUAUAAUUCAAAAAGUGUCCGAAAAAUGUAUACCCAUUCCAUAAUGCCGGAAAUAUUUAGCCUAAUUUUAAAUAUAUGCCUAAUUAACCACCCAUUGAAAUAUUAAUUUACAACAUUCCAAAUUUCAUCUGUGACUGUGAAUAAAUAUAUAAAAAAAGAUAGAUUACCUCUUGUAAUAAUCCAAGAAUAAGCAAAAGGGAGAGAAUCCUACACAGAACCUCAAAAUGACGCAUAGAACCAACAUUGGCCAAUAUAUUAAAAACAAAUCUAAUAAAUGCAAAAAUUUUGACACUUCCUAUUUCCGUCAUUUUAGCAUGCCAUUAUUGUCAUCAGAUUAAUUUAAUCAGUUGACUUUGGGUUAGCGGUAAGGCCAGCGAUGUGUUUCACAGUAUAUAGGUCACGAGGCUCCCCAAGGUCAACUUCUGUCUACAGGGCUGUACUCAAAAGAUAAUGUUUGUGUUUUCUUAUUUUAUUUUUUUUUUAAUUGGGGAGAGGUCCCCAUCCCAGAUGAUUUCUUUGUUUCUUAUUUUGGAAUUUAAAGUGGGGGAGGGGUCUCCCCUUCCAAGUCCUGAGAAGAUCAUUCCAAUUUAAGCAGUAGUCUCCCUUUUGUUACCGAAGUUUUAAAAUACGAUUACUUCGAUUUGCAACUAAUCAAACGAUUGCAAUUUUAGUGCGCAUCUUUUUUUUCACUGGUGUUGGAUCUCAGGGUAUCAGCAAGUAUGUGUUUCCUUUUUUUUACUCUCUUUUGAAACGUGUAACCAAAUUUUAAUACAAAUUUUACACAGGAAAUCACAUCAAGUCUUUUGCACAUCUUGAUAUGGAAACGGAUGAAGCUAAAAUGAAAAAAUGUAAGUUAAAAACACUUUCACUAUAUAGUCAAGGUAAAUUUAAUUAGGACUCUAAAUUAAUUUUAAAAUAUGAUCAUGUUUCUUAUUAAGUUUAAUCAAUACUGCAAACAAUUUUUUAAGGUUUUGACACAUACCAAAACACCAAGUGGAAAGGGUCAGUUUUGAAACUGCAGUAUGCUAAGGAGAGCUUUUUAGAAAGGUAAGGAAUGAUGUGCAUCGAGUCUGAUGUUUUCCCUUGAAAUAUUUUCUUCCUUUGAACCGGAGUCCAUUUUCUGAAAUUCCCAACUUUAUUAUAUGAGAAACCAUAAAUGUGUAUACCUCUCAAUCAAUCAAAGCAAUGAUUCAUCCAUUUAUUUUACAAGUAUCAGUACCUCUGCUAACUAAAUGUGCUGGGGGUAUUAACUUCUUUAAUUUUAUAUUAUACAUGGUUAGAUCCUAAUAAUUAAAUAUUUUUUUUACAUGAUCUGUAAUUUAAAGUUCUCGCCAUUUUUUUUUCAAGGCUUGCCAAAGAAAGAGAAGAAAAUGACAUUGAAACACCUCCAGAAAAUCCAUCACCUGCGAAAGCGCCAGAUAAGUCAGAUAUUAAAGGUCCGGCUGUUCCUGGAACACCUGUGCCAGGAAAAUCAGUAAGUCUUAAGUUAUUUUAUUAGUUGCUUUUGACAACUUCAAUUUUCUGUAUUUUAUUCCAAAAUAGCUGUCUUAUACCCUGAUAAAGUUCUUUAAAAGCUCUAUUAACAUGAUAAGUGUUUCUAUAAUUUUUGUCCAGGAUUGGGUUGUUGCAAAGUACGGCAGAGUGCUACCUGUUCUAAAGUUGAAAAAAUCAUACAAGAUUAAGGUAAUUUUUCUCAUUAUAUUAUAUAUAUAUUACUUAAAUGAAAACAUUGAUACCCUUAUUAGCAGGGGAAAUUUUAUCUGGUUUCUGUUGAAAUACAAAGCUGUUGACUUUCCUUAAAAUGUCUGCUCCGAACAGGGUGUCAAACACGAUCCUUCAAAACACUGCCAUGCAGCAAAAGUCUUCAAAGAUGAAAGUGAUCCAGUCACAGAUCCAUCCUGUAAUAAACUCACCUGGGAAUUAAAUACACCUGACAGUGAAAUCACAAAAAAAAGAAAAGGGGAAUUCCCAGAAGACUCGAGUCCUGUUAAACGAAACAAAAGUAGUGCUCCUAUGUCAAAAACAUCUCAAGCUGCUUCAUUUAAUUUAACCCAAAGUUCUUUUAAUUCAGUCUCUGGGCAAAGAAAAAAUCUCUACAAAAAGGAAGAAGAUGAAUUGGAAAUUGUAAAAAUAGGCCAAGGUCACAAAACAAUAUGUAAACCUUUGAACAACUCCAAUAAGUUUGACAGCGAUAUUGAAAGUGACGUAGAAGCUAAAAUUAUUGAGGCUGAGCCUAAAAAGAACAAGGAUAUGAAGAAAAAAAAUAAUAAUCAGGUGCUUAAGAAAAAUGUUGUCAUUGCCAUCAAAGAUGGAGGAGAGAAACAGGCACCUGUAACAGAUUUGAAUACUGGUACUGUGGAGAGAGAGGUGAGCUCUAAAAAUAGUUCAGUGAAGAAGGCGGAAACUAAUAAUAAUGUUUUGUCCCCUAAAGCUUUUGUAAAUGAUAAGAUUAAUGAUUUCAAAUGUCAGAGUCCACAGGAUGAGACCAAAAUCCCUGAGGUUUCAGGUUUCAAAAUUCUAAAUCCUGACACUGCAGCUGUGAAAUCUCCAUUCUUAAAGGAAAUCCCUCAUAAAAUUUCAGUUCAUCUCUCAUCCCAAAAGCUUCCAGUUGGCAAUAAUAAAAACAAAAACAAGUUUUCAGAAGACGAUGAUCCCCCUCGUUUAAUCCCAGAGUUCCGUGGUUUAAGUAUGCUUCCAGAUUUUCCCAGCCUUCAAACAGCUGAUCUAAAAAAAUCGCAGGAAGUGACCUAUUCAGUUCUUUCAGAUGCCGUCGAGAAGAAAAUAAGCAAACCAGAAGGUUCUCACAUUUUAACAAAUGAUAACUCGUCCAAAAGUGUUGGUAAAGAAAAACACAGCACUGACACUGAGGGCGAAGGAGAUUAUGAUUCUGCAUCUUCUGCAGACACGGAUGAAAUCAUAGCUAGAUAUAAGAGAACUAGUCAAAUCAGUGGCAAUGUGACACCUUCAUCAGGGGCACAAUCGGAUGCUCCGACAAAAACAGUCAACUUCUCACUUCUUAGUAAGUCGCCUGUCAUGCCCAAAGGCAUCAAGAAUAGUUUCAUUGGUGAGGAUAGUUACUAUUUAUCAGAAUAUUCACCUGGGCCACUUUCUGAUUAUUCACUUCCUAAUUCAACACCUGGAGUUAAGACAGAUGAGAGCUCUUAUGACAGCGACCUGGACAGCAAUGAUUUUGAGCUUGUGGUUAAGAAACUGUCACAAAAGGCCAAAGCCGUUGCACCAGAGAUGAGGAGUAAACCUGUCAAAGCAGAAAUUAGGGAAAUUGAGGAAGUCAUUGAAAGUCAUGAAUCGAAAAGUCCACAUAAAAACUUGGUAAGUUGUAAUUAAAUUUAUGUUUGUUAUAGUGACAUAUGAAUAACUGAAAUUUCUAGCUACAUUAUAGUAUUAACAAUCCUAAAUUGUUCCCAAUUAUUGGUUUAAAAUAAAGAUUUUAAAACAAUUUGUGUUUUAUUGUUAAUGGUAAAUAUAGUUAUGUUUAUCUAUCAUAAAAAAUAGGUUUUUUUUUUUUUUUUUUGCUUCAUCUUGUAUAUUAAAGUUUUCAUGAGGGAAAUAGGGUUGAAGAAAAAUGACACCAUAAUUAGAAUUGCUCCUGGGUUGUAGCUUCAAAAAUUUUUAUUUAUCUUAAAAAAUAGGUUUUUUUUUUUUUUUUUGCUUCAUCUUGUAUAUUAAAGUUUUCAUGAGAGAAAUAGGGUUGAAGAAACAUGACACCAUAAGUAGAAUUGCUCCUGGGUGGUAGCUUCAAAAAUUUAUUUUGCUGCCAUUUUUAGUCUGGUCCAAAACAAAACAACAGUGCUCUAUUGCAUAAGAAAGAGAAGCCUCAAAGCAGUGCUGAGGAUGUGGAGAAGUCUAAGCAUCAAGACAUUUUUUCAGACAAAGUAGGUCUAGCUAUUUUUUUCUGUUGAUCAGUAUAAUGCGUUGAAACUUACAUUAUUGUUAACUUGACAUUUGGGUACUGCAUGACAAAAAGGGUUUGUUGGGUUUUUUUCCCAUCAGUAAACCCCAGUGUUAAUGAUCCCUGUUUCUUAAAAUGUAAAAAAAAAUGUGGCUGGUUAAUUAAAUUAAGCUCUGCUGUAAUGUUUGGUUUAUUUGUUUAUUGGCAUUUAAGUUAAUACCACACUGUUUUGAUGUUGCUGGUUUUUAAAAUUCAUACAAUCAAGGUCAAGCAUGCCGCAGACAAUGAAAAAAGACUCCUGGCUAUCCGAGAAAAAUUGAAGUUGAAAGAUCAGCAGACAAGCAUAAUGCAGAAAGCCUUACAAAAAGUGGUAUGUAAUGUAAAGCUGUAUGUGAUGUUGUUGUUUGUCCUUAACACGUGAAGAUAACCAAGGCAAUUUUUGACUUGAGCGGUAGCCUUGACUUGAGCUUUAUUUUGUUCUAAGUGAAGCAGAGUUGCUCUAUUCUCUGGUUAUUGCCUAGUUGAUCCAAUGGCAAGACUUGGUCAAGACGACUGGAAAUAGAUCAGGAUGCAGUAGAUGGCCAGCAGUGUGAUAUAAAAAGCUUCAUUAAGCUUUUGGUUUCUGAUUUGAUUUUUUUUUUUUUGCUUGAUGGAUGGUAAAGUGAUGAAAAGAGGGGUUUUUUUUUUCUUUUUUGCAUGGCUCUAUCAGAACAUUGAUUUGUGAUGAAGCUUUUUCUUAUACAGGAUUCCAAAGAAAACUCUGGCAACAGGAUAGUUUUCAGCAGUGAUUCAGAAAGUGGAGCAUCCAGCGACUCUGAUAAAGAUGGCAUUGAAGAAUUGAAUAUCAAAUCAAAAAUUAAGGUAAACAUUUGAAGGGUCCUUUCUGAUUGUGGUAAAUAUUUGUAAAAUUAAAUGUUACAAACUUUUAAAAGAAUAGGCCUUUCAUUUUGCAUGGACUUAUUUUUUUAUGAGAAAAUUCAUUUUUAUUAUGUUAAUUUUUGGGUCAUUAAUUUCAAACAAUUUUUUCUUAUUUUAUUCUAGAAGAAGCAGAAACUGACAUUGUUUGAAAACUCAUCAGAUGAUGACUCUGAUAGUGAAGCUAUGUUUGAAUCUAAACCACAUUUUGAAGGGAAAAAAGGAGAAAAGGUAUUUUGCAUUUUAAGAUUAUGUGAUUAUUUAAUAAAUGCAUUUUCUUACCCAUACUUUUCUAAUAAGCUUUUAGAAUGCAUAUAAAAAUAAAUAUAUUUUACUUCCAUGAACUUCAACUAUAAUCUUCUGGUUCUCUGUUAGAUUUAUUUUUUUUUAUCUUCAUUUUUAAUUACAUAAAAAAACUUCAGUUUUAUCAUAUUUGCAGCUGAUGAAGUUGGAGAGAAAAAUAGGGGAUUCUAGAUUCAAAUUGGAUGCAAAAUUUGCUGAAUCCGACAGUGAUGAAGGGUCAGAGAAAGAAAAGGAGGAAAUUGAUGAAGCAAUGGACAUAGGUAAAUAUUUCUCAUCAAUUUUACAAAAUUUGUUUUGCACAUAGCUGUUUGUUAGGUUCAAAGAUGAUGUCCAUACUGUUUAUGUUUAUUGCAUUAUCAUUUUUUUUAAAAAUUAUUAUUAUCAUUGACCAAAAUGAGGAAGUCCAUAAGUAAAUACACUAAUACAUUAUAGGACUGAGAUAAUCUGGUAAUAAACCAAUUGUGUUUUUAAAAAAAUUGUAUUUGGUUUAAAAAAAAGGAGAGGUUAAAACUUAGAUCUAAGCCUGCACUUAUAUUGACAUUUUCCUUUUAUGCAAAUGUUGUAGAUGAAGGCCUGCAAAAAGAAAAAGCUGCCAGCCUCAAGGUGUUAGAAAAUGUUAUUGGAAAGUCUACACUCGACAGGUUCUCAGAAAAAAUUAAACGAAAUACAAAGCAUUUAAUGUGAGUAUGAUUCCCAAGAGGAAAUGAAAUGUGUUUUUGCUUUUAUCUUCCUUAAGGAAGUUUGCAGUGAAUCAAAUGUUGCGAUCUCCUUCUUAUUGUCAAAAUACUCUGGUCGAUACCCCUUCAAGUACUUCUGGCAACAUAGGCUACAACACAUCUGCACUAAGAGUCACGCACACCAAAUACUGUAGGCAGCGACACUUCAUAACAUAAUACGGUUCAUCAUUAUUCUUGAUGCUGACACGACCUCCAUGUCACAUAUAACAUAACCUUGUAAUGGGGACUAACAACGUCUUAUGCAACCAAUACUCAGCGUGAACUAACUUCCACAUGCCAUACACUCCUGGGCUACUGUACAUCAGCUACAGCUAAUUAUGAACUCCAUGUGUACUAACUCUUAACAAACUGCUGUGAACUCUCAACAUCACUGCACUCCACAAUAAGAAAAACUAACUUUUAUGAACUGACUGCCACCUUGUGUUACCACAGUAUUUGAACAACUCGCUCGUAUAUCAAUCUUGAAUAAACCGAAUAAUCGCAACUCGCCCUCACAAAAAUUAGCUCACGAUAAGCAACUUUGACACACAACCCGUCCAUAACAGUUGUUUUAAGAAGUGAGUUUGUAAUGUUAAUUAUUUUUACAGCAUCCAUUCAUAAAAGUAAUUUAUCACUUUUGACUUUUCAUGAUUUCUUGGGGAAGAAAAAUGGGUGAUUUCAUUUGGGGCUAGUGUGUUCUUGACACUCCUGUGCUGUUAAAAUCCAAAGAAGAGUUGGAAUGGAAAGAAAUGAGUGUAAGCAGGACUGUUGUGUGGCAUUAUAUAAUGUGUUACCUUCUUUUAAUACACAGAGACAUGAAUGCUGUCAGGUUUGAUCCCACCAAGAUAUUAACCCAUAAAGAGGCACCAAUCAAUGAUGACAAAAAGUUUGUAAAGAUAUUGUUUUCAUAA